AUGCCUCACGUGGCGCUGAACGACGUGACUAAAUUAUCGCUGUUGCGAACGUUGGAGAGCGGACGAUUUCUGAGCGCGGGCUUUCGCUCUUGGGAUCUGUACGAAUUUCCCCUGCUGCAGAGCACGACCAAGCAUUCGUGGGCCGUAAAAGCCGCGCCGCAAUUAGAGAAGCCGCGAUACGUUAUAUUCGCGCUGCAGACCGGACGGCGAAACGAAUUCGCGGGCGACGCCUCGAGGUUCGAUCAUUGCGCGCUCGCCAACGUGAAAUUGUAUCUCAACUCGGAAUUCUAUCCCUACGACGACGUGAACGUGGAUUUCGAGAGCGACAAGUUCGCCGUGCUGUACGAGAUGUACGCGAAAUUUCGAGGAGCGUAUUACGGGAACGGUCGCGACGACGCGCUCUUUUCCCCGCGCGAAUUUGCGCGGGUAGCUCCGCUCGCGGUGAUCGAUUGUUCCCGUCAAAACGAAUCGGUGAAAAGCGCCACCGUGGACGUGCGCAUCGAGUUCGAAAACAAGGAAAACGUUCCGCCGAAAACCACAGCUUUUUGUCUCAUCGUUCACGAUCGAGUCAUCGAGUACAGUCCGCUGACCAACGUGGUGCGCAAAAUUAUCUAA